UAGGCUGCCAGAUGUUCAGAGAGUCGGAUCAAGGAUCUAUUACAAAUUCCAAGGGUGGCAGCGUUAAAAUAAAUGGCAGCUUUUUCUGUCAGGUGGCAACGUCUAGAACUUAAUCUGUGAGUUGACAAAAAAUUUUGUAGCUGAAGAAAUUGAAAAUUGAAAGGAAAAAGUAAAAGACUGAACAUAAUGAGUGAAGGAGCAGGUAAUUGGUGUCUCAUAGAGAGUGACCCGGGCGUAUUUACGGAGCUGAUUCGCGAAUUUGGAUGCGAUGGUGCUCAGGUGGAGGAAAUCUGGAGCCUGGACAGUGAAUCAUUCAAGGACUUGGAGCCAAUACAUGGAUUAAUAUUCUUGUUUAAAUGGGUUCAGGAAGACGAGCCCGCUGGCAAGGUGGUGCUUGAUAGGGACCACAUAUUCUUUGCAAAGCAAGUGAUCAACAAUGCCUGUGCGACCCAAGCAAUACUUAGUUUGUUGCUCAAUCUGAAUCACGAGGACAUCAAGUUGGGCGAAACACUAACAAACUUCAAGGAGUUCUGCCAAUGCUUUGAUCCCUACAACAAGGGAUUAACUCUCAGCAAUGCAUCCCAGAUUCGCACCGUGCACAAUUCAUUUGCGAGACAAACUCUUUUCGAACUGGACAUGAAAAACCAGAACAAAGAUGAGGACGUUUAUCACUUUGUUGGCUAUAUGCCCAUUGCGGGUCGUCUCUAUGAGCUGGAUGGUCUUCGUGAGGGUCCCAUCGAUCUGGGCGAGAUCAAGCCGGAUCAGAAUUGGGUCGAUGUAGUGCGGCCAAUCAUUGAGAAGCGAAUGCAGCGAUAUAGCGAUGGAGAAAUCCAUUUCAAUUUAAUGGCACUCAUCUCAGAUCGUCAACGCAUCUAUGAGCAGCAAAUUGAAAAACUCCUAAAUCCGGCAGACAUGGCCAUGGAUACGGAAGAUCGCCAGACUGAAAUCAAUAGCCUACGCUCCUAUAUACAGUAUGAAAUUGAAAAAAAGAAGCGAUACAAGGUGGAGAAUGUGCGACGCAAACACAAUUAUUUGCCCUUCAUUGUGGAGCUAUUGAAGAUGCUGGGCGAGACCGGACAACUACUGCCCAUCUAUGAGAAGGCCAAGCAGAGGGCGCUGGAACGCGAGCAGCAAAUGAGCAAAAAGAAAUCCAAUUAGACAGCAUUUACUACAAAACAAA